AUGAAGGUCUUCGUCGUUGUCGCUGCCAUCGUUGCUGCCGUUGCCGCGGCUCCACAGUACCCGGAAAUGUCGUACAACGCGUACAACAUGCCACUGCCGCAGGAGCCCCGUUACGAGGAGUACAAUGCUCAGCCACAAUACGAGUCCCAAUACCAGUACCAGCCACAGUACCAGCCACAAUACCAGCCACAGUACCAGCCGCAGUACCAGCCGCAGUACCAGAGCGAACAGCUGUCCGCCGAUGGUUACAAGAUCGUCCCCGGUAUCGUUGAUGCCCGCUGUCCCCGUGGUGACGACCCUAUGAAGCCGGUCCAUCUGGCAGUGAACGGAAACUGUGCCAAGUUCAUGAAGUGCUUCGGUGGCCGUGCCUACGAGAUGGACUGCCCGGCCGGUCUGGAGUUCGGUGCCAAUGUGAACCGUUGCGACUAUCCUGCCCUUGCCCAGUGUUCCCGCUACUAA